GCGGUGGCGGCGGCGGCGGCGGCGGCUUCCCCUUUGCACAGACCAGGCGUCCCGGCCCGCGCGGCCCGCUGACCCUGGGGCCCGCGCCCCACGGGGCAGGGAUGCAUCAUGGCCACGCUGGCUUGUCGCGUGCAGUUCUUGGACGACACCGAUCCCUUCAACAGUACCAACUUCCCAGAGCCCAGCCGGCCACCGCUGUUCACAUUCCGCGAGGACCUGGCUCUGGGCACCCAGCUGGCCGGGGUCCAUCGGCUGCUGCGGGCACCGCACAAGCUCGAUGACUGUACCCUGCAGCUGUCCCACAAUGGUGCUUACCUGGAUCUGGAGGCCACACUGGCGGAACAGCGGGAUGAGCUGGAAGGCUUCCAGGAUGACACAGGGCGGGGCAAGAAGAACAGCAUUAUUCUGAGGACACAGCUGUCUGUGAGGGUCCAUGCCUGCAUUGAAAAGCUGUACAACUCCAGCGGCCGUGAUCUAAGAAGGGCCCUUUUCUCGCUGAAGCAGAUAUUUCAGGAUGACAAGGAUUUGGUGCAUGAGUUUGUCAUGGCUGAAGGUCUGACGUGUUUGAUCAAGGUGGGAGCUGAGGCGGACCAGAACUAUCAGAACUACAUCCUGAGGGCACUGGGGCAGAUUAUGUUGUAUGUGGAUGGGAUGAAUGGAGUCAUCAACCACAGUGAGACCAUCCAGUGGCUUUACACUCUUGUUGGGUCAAAGUUCCGCCUGGUGGUGAAGACGGCCCUGAAACUUCUGCUUGUCUUCGUGGAGUACUCUGAGUCCAAUGCACCCCUCCUCAUUCAGGCUGUUUCUGCUGUUGACUCCAAAAGAGGCAUCAAACCCUGGUCCAACAUCAUGGAAAUCCUAGAGGAAAAAGAUGGAGUGGACACGGAGCUAUUGGUUUAUGCAAUGACUCUAGUAAACAAGACAUUGGCAGGACUGCCAGAUCAAGACACUUUCUAUGACGUGGUGGACUGCUUGGAGGAGCUGGGCAUCGCUGCUGUGGCCCAGAGGCACUUGAACAAGAAAGGGACAGACCUGGACUUGCUGGAGCAGUUUAACAUCUAUGAGGUGGCACUCAGGCAUGAAGAUGGUGAUGAGACAGCCGAGCCACCCCCCAGUGGACACCGGGACCGGAGGAGGGCCAGCAUGUGUUCUGGUGGCAGUGUGGGUGAGCACCAGGGCCUUGACCGUAGGAGGAGCCGGAGACACUCCAUCCAGAAUAUCAAGAGCCCACUGUCAGCCCCCACCAGCCCCUGCUCCCAGUCAGUUCCUGCCUUCAAACCCAGCCAAGUUCGAGAUCUCUGUGAAAAGGAUGAGGAGGAGGAAGAGGAAGAAGAACAGCCAAUCACGGAGCCCAAUUCAGAGGAGGAGGGAGAGGACAAUGCCCAGUGUCAGGGCAAGGACAGCGAGGCCAGCUCUGCCUCCAGGCACAGCUCCCCCGGGAAGGAUGCCGCUCCGGACAGUUCUGCACUCCCCGCUGCUCCAGACAGUUCUGCACUCCCCACUACCUCGCAGGGAAGGCGGCCUCCAGCCAGCCCAGCAGCGCGGCCCCCUGGGCUCGGUGGAACCUCUGGGUCUGAGACCAGCCGGCCUGCUCUCUUGCCAGCUCCCAGCCCCGGCUUGGCUCCUCGGCCCUCCACUGCCCCGAGGGCAUCUCCGACCAUAGACAAGCUGCCCUACGUGCCCCACAGCCCGUUCCAUCUCUUCUCCUAUGACUUCGAAGAUUCACCCCUCCUCACCAAGGACAAGGGAGGAGACUCCCAGACAGAAAACAGAUACAGCAACUUCAGCAACAACUCUUUCCACUCCUCUGGACCCUCAUCUGGACCUAGUGUUUCCCCAUCAUCUGCAUCAUCCUUCUCGUCCCCACAGGAGGCCAGGUCAUCGCCUAGCGGUCUCCUCACAUCCUCCUUCAGGCAGCACCAGGAGUCCCUGGCAGCAGAGAGAGAACGGAGGCGCCAAGAGAGAGAAGAAAGGCUGCAGAGGAUAGAACGGGAAGAGCGAAACCGAUUCAACCGAGAAUAUCUAGACAAAAGAGAGGAGCAAAGACAAGCGAGAGAAGAAAGAUACAAAUACUUGGAGCAGUUGGCAGCCGAGACGCACGAGAAGGAGCUGAGAAGCCGGAGCGUGAGCCGGGGCAGAGCUGACCUCUCCUUGGACCUGAGCUUGCCAACAGCCCCUGCCUCACCUUCCCCAUCAAGCCAGAGUCCUUCAUCUGCCGACUCCCAAGAGGCUCUCACCGUGCCCUCCUCCCCGCCCACUCUUCAGUACCCCCAAGUAAGCGGUAAGGACCACGAGCCUGAGCUGGAGGCAGAAGCUGGACAGGGUGCCGAUGAAGCCAGCCAGGAGAUAGCCUCUGCUCACAGGGGAGCAGAGAGCCGGGAAGAGCCGGCGCUGGAGCUGGAGCCCGAAGAAAGAGCCUCACUGAGUGAGAAAGAGAGGCAGAACGAGGAGGUCAAUGAGAGAGACAACUGCUCCGCCUCCAGCAUCUCGUCCUCCAGCAGCACCUUGGAGAGGGAAGAGAAGGAAAGCAAGCUGCCUGAGGACAGGACGACAGGUUUGUGGUCCACCAGCCUCCAGGAUGUAGGUGUAAAUGGACAGUGUGGUGACAUCCUCACCAGCAAAAGGUUCAUGCUGGACAUGCUGUAUGCCCAUAACAGGAAGUCCACAGAUGACGAGGAGAAGGGCGAUGGCGAACCUGGGAAGUCUGUGCAGGAGGUGGAGGCAGUGGCCAGUCUUGCCACCAGGAUAUCCACUCUGCAGGCCAGCUCUCAGGCCCCCGAGGAGAGCAUCAAGAGAGUGGACAUUGGCUGUUUGGACAACCGGGGCAGUGUAAAGGCAUUUGCUGAGAAAUUCAAUAGUGGGGACCUGGGGAGAGGCUCCAUCUCUCCUGAUGCAGAGUCCCAUGACAAGGUCCCAGACACAACACCUGCACAGCUGAAGACUGAGUCUGAUUACAUCUGGGACCAGCUCAUGGCCAAUCCAAGGGAGCUCAGAAUCCAAGACAUGGAUUUUACCGACUUAGGGGAGGAGGAUGAUAUUGAUGUUCUGGAUGUGGAUCUUGGCCACCGGGAAGCCCCAGGGCCACCUCCUCCACCCCCUCCCACCUUUCUGGGUUUGCCACCCCCACCCCCUCCACCCCUGUUGGACACUGUGCCUCCCCCCCCAGUCCCCAGUAAUUUAUUGGCUUCUCCUGCGUUCAGCACUCCUCAGGGCUUAGGGUGGUCCCAGGUACCCAGGGGUCAGCCAGCAUUCACCAAGAAAAAGAAGACUAUCCGACUAUUCUGGAAUGAAGUCCGGCCCUUUGAGUGGCCGAGUAAGAACAACCGUCGAUGCAGGGAAUUCCUGUGGUCGAAACUGGAACCCAUCAAGGUGGACACUUCCAGACUAGAGCACCUGUUUGAGUCCAAGUCUAAGGAGCUGUCUGUCACCAAGAAAACAGCUGCAGACGGUAAAAGGCAGGAGAUCAUUGUUCUGGAUUCCAAGAGGAGUAAUGCUAUCAAUAUCGGUCUGACAGUGCUGCCCCCUCCAAGGACGAUCAAGAUCGCCAUUUUGAACUUUGAUGAGUAUGCCUUAAACAAAGAAGGGAUUGAGAAAAUUCUGACCAUGAUUCCAACUGAAGAGGAGAAGCAGAAAAUCCAGGAAGCUCAGCUGGCGAACCCUGACGUGCCCCUGGGCAGUGCUGAACAGUUCCUUCUCACACUCUCCUCCAUCAGCGAGCUUUCUGCCCGCCUCCACCUCUGGGCAUUCAAAAUGGAUUAUGAAACCACAGAAAAGGAAGUGGCCGAACCACUUUUGGACCUGAAGGAAGGAAUAGACCAGCUGGAGAACAACAAGACUCUGGGCUUCAUCCUGUCUACUCUCCUCGCCAUUGGGAACUUUCUAAAUGGAACUAAUGCCAAAGCAUUUGAGUUAAGCUACCUCGAGAAGGUUCCAGAAGUCAAAGAUACUGUGCACAAGCAGUCACUUCUCCAUCACGUGUGCACCAUGGUAGUGGAAAACUUUCCAGAUAGCUCGGAUCUGUACUCCGAGAUUGGGGCCAUCACCAGGUCAGCCAAGGUUGACUUUGAUCAACUUCAGGAUAAUUUAUGUCAGAUGGAGAGAAGAUGCAAAGCUUCCUGGGAUCACCUCAAGGCAAUUGCAAAACAUGAAAUGAAACCAGUUUUAAAGCAGCGGAUGUCAGAGUUCCUAAAAGACUGUGCAGAGCGAAUUAUAAUUUUAAAGAUUGUCCAUCGAAGGAUAAUUAACAGAUUCCACUCCUUUUUGCUCUUUAUGGGGCACCCCCCGUAUGCAAUCCGAGAGGUGAACAUCAACAAGUUCUGCAGGAUCAUCAGCGAAUUUGCACUCGAGUACCGCACGACCAGGGAAAGGGUUCUGCAGCAGAAGCAGAAGCGAGCCAGCCACAGAGAGAGAAACAAGACCCGCGGGAAGAUGAUCACCGACACUGAUGACGAGGAUGACAUUGAGUCUGGCAAGUUCUCUGGCAGUUCUCCAGCAACACCGAGCCAGCCACAGGGUCUGAGCUAUGCUGAGGAUGCAGCUGAACAUGAGAACAUGAAGGCUGUGUUGAAAACGUCAUCUCCUGCUGUAGAGGAUGUCACCCCUGUGCUCGGUGUCCGCACUCGUAGCCGGGCAAGCCGAGGAUCCACUGGUUCGUGGAAUAUGGGAACUGAUGAGUCACCCAGUGUCACUGAUGAUGCCGCUGAUGAGAUCAUGGACCGCAUUGUCAAAUCGGCCACCCAAGUGCCCAGUCAGCGAGUGGUGCCACGGGAGAGAAAGCGUUCCAGGGCCAACCGCAAAUCUUUACGAAGGACCUUGAAGAGUGGCCUGACUCCAGAAGAAGCCAGAGCCCUGGGCCUGGUUGGCACAUCUGAACUGCAGCUGUGACUUUUGUAGGCCCCCAGAAGUGUGCCGAGCAGAGAACCCACUCUCGCCAGGUCCACCCCUUUCAGCAGGGGUGGGAGGAGCCUCGAACAUCUGAAGGUUCAGAACUGAGAGCUCAUUGUGGAUAUAACACUUCUGUGUCACCACUGUGCAUUGACACGGACCUCCAGGAAUCUCCUGCAUGUCCUUUCUUUAUCAGCUCAGCUGUGUUUCUCUUGUUUCCUUGAUGCCUGGUUUAUUAGUUCCAAGUGUGACACCUUUUCUAGGAAGCAGCAGUCCUUGUAAGGGACAAAUCACUUCUGUCAGAGUUGUUAUGAUACCAUGAGGCAAUGUGAUUAGACUCAGAAGCUGGGUCUCCUCCACAACAAAACGUCCAGAUAUAAAUGCCAAUGUUGUACACAAAAGCAAGCACAGAUUGUUUACCAGUUGUGGAUUUUAGAUGUACCAAAUGUUUAUAUAAACUCAUAAAUGUACACCAUGUUUCAACUACUAAAUAAACAGAGUUUAAUGUCA